AUGGGAGCAGAGAUCAAAUGUAUAAAUGCUUCCUUUCAAAUGGCUUCAAAUGUUAAUGGGGUGCAGCUCUAUUGACGAAAGACCAAACAACAGAGAAACCAAGAGACUCUGGCAGGUUGUGCCGACCACAUUCAAUGUGCCAUGGUUGAGGAACUCCAAGGAGCAAACUUCUCACAUACAAAGUUUUUAUUAAUGGGAUUUCCGGAGAUCUACAAAUACAGACGUUUUCUUUUCCUGCCAUUCUUCCUAGUUUACCUUUUGCUUUUGGUCGGGAAUUCUUUGCUACUUCUUGUGAUCAAAAAUACAGAGAGUCUUCACAGUCCCAUGUACAUUUUUGUGUCUGCUUUGGCAGUUGUGGAUCUCAUUGUUCCCACUGCCAUUAUUCCAGCGAUGCUUCUUGGUUUCCUGUUUGACUUGAAUGAGAUAACUUUAUCCGGAUGUUUGACGCAAAUGUUUGUUACUCAUUUCUUCUCUUCUGUAGAGUCCACCAUACUUUUAGCCAUGGCUUUGGAUCGCUUUGUGGCCAUUUGCAAGCCGUUACAUUACAAUGAAAUCAUGAACUCGUCCAUGUUUCUGAAACUGUUUCUUUUCACACUGAUCAGAAGUGGCACUAUAAUGUCCGCACUGGUCGCUUUGGCUUCACCUUUGUCUUUCUGUAGGUCUAAUGUGAUCUAUCACUGUUACUGUGACCACAUGGCUCUUGUCAGCUUGGCCUGUGAUUCAAUAGCUAAAAAUCAAACAAUGGGAUUACUUGUGAUUAUCUGUUUUGUGGGGAUUGAUACAUCUGUUAUAUUCUUCUCUUAUGUUAAAAUCCUGCAUGUUGUGUUGGGGACUGCAGCUGGAGAGGAUCGCUGGAAAGCUUUUCAUACCUGUGGUACACACUUAAUGGUCAUGAUGUGUUUUUACUUUGUCGGUAGUGUUACCUUUCUGUCAAGAAACCUGAACAUUCCAAUCCCAAUUGAUGUGAAUACGUUUCUGGGUGUUAUGUAUAUAGUAUUCCCUGCAAGUGUCAAUCCAAUCAUCUAUGGUGUGCGGACAAAAGAAAUAAGGACUGCUUUGUUGAAAAUGUUUAAAAAUAAUAUCAACAAAGUUUCCAUUGUAAAGGUUUCAACUAUAAAGAAUUGA